AUGAAAGGUUUCACCUGCCUUACCGCCGCCUUUCUGGCCGUUCUGCCUGCCCUUGCUCUCCCAGCGGGAUCAACCCUGCAGAAAAAAGCAGACUCAGCGAAUGUCGGCUAUUUGGCUGUCUACUGGACGACUGCAGACAAUAGCGUGUAUGUUGCCCUUAGCAGCAACGAUGACGCUCUAGGAUUCAAGGCUAUCAAUGGAAACAAACCGAUUGUGUCGCCUACGCUUGGGACAAAGGCCGUUAGGGACGUGUCUAUCAUUACCGGACAAGGUAAAAAUGCAGGAAAGUAUUAUAUUCUAGGUACUGAUUUGAAUAUUGCUACGACAACUUGGGAAGCUAGCACUCGCACAGGAUCCCGGGCCAUAUUUGUUUGGGAAAGCAACGAUUUGAUCACUUGGACAAAUGAGCGCCUAGUGACAGUUGAGAAUGAAACGGCCGGAAUGGCCUGGGCUCCUGAUGCGUAUUGGGAUGCGUCAAAAGGACAAUACUUUGUUCACUGGGCUGCGCAAUUGUAUUCUCCAGAUGACACCGACCACGCCCACAAUCCUACCCUAAACACUAGUAUGCGGUAUGCCUACACUAGCGACUUCAAGACCUUUACCACACCGGAGACAUAUAUGUCACUCGGCGACGACACCAUGGGAACACGCUCACCCGAUUCUAUGUUACGGGGGGGGCGCCCAGCGGAACAGACCAGUACCAACGGACUCUUUGGUGAUUGGACUACAGUCAAAGGUAUUAUUGAGGGUGGCUCUGGCUAUGAGGCGCCAUAUGCGUUCUGGGAUAAUAUGGAAAAUGGUCUGGCAUAUCUUCUCUGUGAUAAGGUGGGCAGUGACGCUGGAAUCCAUGCGUGGCAGUCGACCGCUGUGGCUUCUGGUACAUUUACCGUGAAUAACACCCACGACUUGUCAUUCAUGCGGCAUCUGUCGGUCCUGCCAGUGACCCAGGGUCAGUAUGAUGCAUUGUCGGCGUUAUAA